GCUUUAGUCCUGGUGGAGUGGGUGGUCGUGGUACUCCAAUAGGUUCUCAUUCUGUCAAACCCAUUUCCCGGUCAAAGUUCCAAAAACUUCACCAACUCUCCCUCUCCCUCUCCCUCUCUCUCUCUCUCUCUGUCUUUCUAAAACAUGGAGAAGAAGCAAGGCCAGCUGAGCGAAAAAAGAGAAGCAAGUCGAGCAGAAUGAUCGAAUUCAUCAACGGAACAAGGUCGAGAGGCACGACAAGUCCCCGAAAGAAGAAGUGCUGAGGCUAGCUGCGAUCGCGGUCAGCUUCGACAUGAGGCUGAGAUCGUCGGACAUGCCCGUCCACAUGCAAGAGCACGCCCUUCGCUGCACCCGAUCCUUCCUCGACUCAUCUCCCAACCUCCCUCCCAACAACACCCACUUGGCUCGUGCUCUCAAGAAGGAGUUCGACUCGGUCUACGGGCCGGCGUGGCACUGCGUGGUGGGGAAGAGUUUCGGGUCGUUCGUGACCCACUCCCCUGGUGGCUUCCUCUACUUCUCUCUCGACUCGCUGUCCGUUCUCCUGUUCCAGACGGUGGUCCAAAUGGUCACGGAACCGGCCAAGUCGUAGAUGAAAUUUGACCCGCUUCUUCUCGUCGCUAUAGAUUCUCGGAAAUUUUUGCCAAUCGCCCAAUCGAAUUGGAUCAGUGGAAACGAGGAAUUUUGUAGUUUUCUAGGGAGAUUGCUUUCCACGGGAUUUCUGAUUGUUGUGCUCGCUGCUCACAUGCGAUACAUGAUAUCUGCUGUCAUAUGAGAGGGGAAUGCGGUAUUGCAUGUAUAUGAAAUACGAUUCA